AUGGCGGACCUGCCACAGUCGAGACUCGAAGACGUGCCACCAUUCAUCUAUAGCGCAGUCGACUAUUUUGGUCCCUGGUACGUGAAAGAAGGCAGAAAAGAAGUCAAGCGGUACGGAGCAUUGUUCACGUGUAUGUGUAGUCGUGCUAUACAUAUUGAGAUUGCGCACUCAAUGGAAACGGACUCGUUCCUACAAGCGCUACGUAGAUUCAUUUGUCGCAGAGGUAACAUUAGAGAACUUCGUAGUGAUCGAGGAACUAAUUUUAUAGGCGCGGAAAACGAAUUGAAGAAAGCUGUUGAAGAGAUGGAUGAUGACAAGAUUAAAUCGGAACUGCUGAAGAAUAGUAUUGAUUGGAUAAAAAAUCCAGCGAAAGCGAGUAACUUCGGAGGAGUCUGGGAGCGACAAAUUCGAUCUGUCCGUAACGUCAUGAACGCUCUCAUCAGGCAGCAUGGUCAGAAACUAGAUGAUGAGUCUUUACGUACAUUCAUCUGUGAAUCAGAAGCAAUCGUUAAUGGUCGCCCCUUAACUGUGGAAACGUUAAAUGAUCCCCUCUCGCCUUUACCACUCACUCCGAAUGCACUACUGACUGGCAAAACGAAACUAGUGCUACCACCUCCGGGCAAAUUUUAG